AUGUGGACUUCUGGUAGAAUGAGCAAUGCAAAGAGCUGGCUUGGACUUGGCAUGUCCUUGUACUUCUGGGGAUUGAUGGACCUUACAACCACUGUUCUCUCGGGCACACCAACACCGCCAGGCAAAUUAGAAGCGUUCCUGUCAGACAAGCCACAGUCACACUCUCGGACAAAGAGGAGCUGGGUUUGGAACCAAUUUUUUGUUCUGGAAGAAUACACUGGAACUGACCCUUUGUAUGUCGGCAAGCUUCAUUCAGACAUGGACAGGGGGGACGGAUCCAUCAAAUACAUCCUCUCUGGAGAAGGUGCAGGCAUCGUGUUUACCAUCGACGACACCACUGGAGACAUCCACGCCAUUCAGAGGCUUGACCGAGAGGAAAGGGCCCAGUACACUUUAAGGGCUCAAGCCCUGGACAGGCAGACGGGCAGGCCAAUGGAGCCAGAGUCAGAGUUCAUCAUUAAAAUCCAAGACAUCAACGACAAUGAGCCCAAGUUCCUGGAUGGACCUUAUGUCGCCACUGUGCCAGAAAUGUCACCAGUGGGAACUUCUGUUAUCCAGGUGACAGCCACAGAUGCUGAUGACCCAACCUAUGGCAACAGUGCCCGGGUAAUGUACAGCAUCCUCCAGGGCCAGCCAUAUUUUUCUGUGGACUCCAAAACAGGUGUAAUUAGGACAGCACUCAUGAACAUGGACCGAGAAGCCAAAGAAUACUAUGAAGUGAUUAUCCAAGCCAAGGACAUGGGAGGGCAGCUUGGCGGAUUAGCUGGGACCACAACGGUCAACAUCACCCUCUCAGAUGUCAAUGAUAACCCACCCCGCUUUCCCCAGAAACAUUAUCAGAUGAGUGUUUUGGAAUCAGCUCCAGUUAGCUCUACUGUGGGAAGGGUGUUUGCCAAGGACUUGGAUGAAGGAAUUAAUGCAGAGAUGAAGUACACUAUUGUGGAUGGAGACGGUGCAGAUGCGUUCGACAUUAACACAGAUCCCCAUUUCCAAGUCGGCAUCAUAACUGUGAAGAAGCCCCUGAGUUUUGAAACUAAGAAAAGCUACACCUUAAAAGUGGAAGGAGCCAAUCCUCACCCAGAGAUGCGUUUUCUGAACCUAGGCCCAUUUCAGGACACAACCACAGUGCACAUCAGUGUGGAAGAUGUGGAUGAGCCCCCUGUGUUUGAACCUGGCUUUUAUUUUGUGGAGGUACCUGAAGAUGUGGCAAUUGGAACAACCAUACAGAUCAUUUCUGCCAAGGAUCCAGAUGUGACCAACAACUCAAUCAGAUAUUCCAUUGACAGAAGCAGUGACCCUGGAAGAUUCUUCUAUGUUGACAUUACAACAGGUGCCCUAAUGACUGCGAGACCCCUUGACCGGGAAGAGUUUUCUUGGCAUAAUAUCACUGUCCUUGCUAUGGAAAUGAACAAUCCUUCCCAGGUUGGAAGCGUUCCUGUCACAAUCAAAGUCUUAGAUGUGAAUGACAAUGCUCCGAAGUUCCCCAGAUUCUAUGAAGCUUUUGUCUGUGAGAAUGCCAAAGCAGGGCAGCUGAUCCAGACAGUGAGCGCGGUGGACCGAGACGACCCACGCAAUGGCCAGCACUUCUACUACAGCUUGGCUCCUGAGGCUGCUAACAACCCCAACUUCACCGUAAGGGACAACCGAGAUAACACUGCCCGGAUUCUAACUAGGAGGUCUGGCUUCCGGCAGCAGGAGCAGAGUGUCUUUUACCUGCCCAUCCUGAUAUCGGACAACGGGCAGCCGGUGCUGAGCAGCACGGGCACGCUGACUAUCCAGGUGUGCAGCUGUGACGACGAUGGCCACGUCCUGUCCUGCAGCCCCGAGGCCUACAUGCUCCCAGUCAGACUGAGCCGCGGCGCCCUCAUCGCCAUCCUGGCCUGCAUCUUUGUCCUCUUAGUGCUGGUGCUGCUCAUCCUGUCCAUGCGGAGGCACCGGAAGCAGCCGUACAUCAUCGACGACGAGGAGAACAUCCACGAGAACAUCGUCCGCUACGACGACGAGGGCGGCGGCGAGGAGGACACCGAGGCCUUCGACAUCGCGGCCAUGUGGAACCCACGGGAGGCGCAGGCGGGCGGCGCCUCCAAGACGCGGCAGGACAUGCUGCCCGAGAUCGAGAGCCUCUCCCGCUACGUGCCUCAGACGUGCGCCGUCAACAGCACCGUCCACAGCUACGUCCUGGCCAAACUCUACGAGGCCGACAUGGACCUGUGGGCCGCACCCUUCGACUCCCUGCAGACGUACAUGUUCGAGGGAGACGGCUCGGUCGCCGGCUCUCUGAGCUCCCUGCAGUCGGCCACUUCAGACUCGGAGCAGAGUUUCGACUUCCUGACGGACUGGGGGCCCCGCUUCCGGAAGCUGGCGGAGCUCUACGGGGCGUCGGAGGGGCCCGCGCCCCUGUGGUGACGGAAGCCGGGAGGCCGGCGCGCGGCCAAACCCGGCCGUUCUGGGGCGGAGGCUUCGCGGAACAGGAGCCGCCAACCGCAAGAGCAGGACUGUGCUGGAGAGUGAGGUUGCGGGGGGAGCAGGCGAGCGGAGCUCUCUCUGAAUCAGCUUUACUUGGUUAGAUUAAGUUAAAUAAUCAAAAGGAAA